ACAUUUCGCAAGUAACUGUAUCGUCACAUUUUAUCACACUCUCGCAUCGCAUUAUUUGUUUCAAGGAGACAAACAUUUUCAAUUUUCAGUGGAAAUGAGUUGCCGAUAUGAUUGGAGUUCAAAAUUGUCUGAAUUCGAGCGUUACAGGGGAUUUUUUCCGAGUUAUGUGGAUGAUCAGUUGGAUUUUUCGACGGAUACUACUGUUGGCGAUGUACAUGCUGAUGCAGAUGUGGCCAACGAUGGGCAAGGAAGCAUCAACAGCUUAUUUAGGCCAAAGGAAACUGCUCAACCCAAGAAGAAGUUUACUGGCAUUUCCGAGGACGGGGAGGGGCACACCAGUUACACUAGCAGCGGCGGCAGUGCCUCAUCCAGCGGCGGGGCCAGUACUCGUGACUGCUCGGGCAAGACUAAGAGGCGCGUUCGCAAGGCGAAAACUCCUCGGAGGGGAGCACAGAGUAAGGAUCCUAGAUUUCGAGGAGUUACGUUUUGUGUUGAAACACAACUUUGUCAGGAGAAGAGACAGAAAUCACAGCUGCUGAUACGGUCCUUUUACAGUAUGAAGAAAAAUCGAUCUCAGGAAACAAAGUCAGUGAGCAAAAGACGUAGCAUCUAUGUAGAUUCCACAACCAGCGGGUCGGAGCGAGAAAGUGCUACCAUGCCUCGUCACAUUGCCAUCCCGUACGUCGGGAUCCCGAAUUUCGGAGUUAAGCAGUGUGCAUCAUGCUGCACAAAGAGAACCCCGCUUUGGAGAGACGCUGAAGAUGGUACACCACUGUGUAAUGCUUGUGGAAUCAGAUACAAGAAGUAUCGAGUACGGUGCAUCUCUUGUUGGAGCAUCCCCAAGAAGACCGACAAGUCAUGUCAAGAUUGUGCUCGCUGUGGCAACAAGUUCCGUAUCAUCAUUCCCAAAAGAUCCCGUGUCUGUUAAUAAUGCCCAUUUAAGAAUCUCACAGGGUAACCCAGUGAGUGAAUUCAUACAUAUCCAUCAGUGGCCAGCUGUGAAUUUAAAGGCACUGGACACCUUUGGUAAUAAUUCUUAAAGACCAGUAUUCUCAUAAACAUUAACAAACCAUAACAAAUAGUGUGAAAAUUUUGCACAUUUGGUCAUCGAAGAUGAAAAAGAGUAAUGAAAGAAAAAACACCUGUUGCACA